GCUGGCUGUCACCUCUCCGCUGGGAUUUUUUAUCCAAUUCAUUGCUUCAACAACCCGUUCCAACAACCCGCUUCAACCAAAUAUCUCUUUGAGCGAAUUAUUCACAUUGUUUAUCACGCAGCGUCAAUAUCCAGGCACGCAAAAAGCAAGUAGUUCCUUCAUCAUCAAACAUUAUUGCUAACUCUAUAGCCAGGACGACUGUGCGCCUUUUGACGAUUGCUUAGUCGACGACUCGGUCUUUGAUCGAUUUUUUGCAACCGACCAAGCGCUCCUGUAGCCACAAAGCACAAUUAUCCAGCGAACCAUUCAUUGCUGUCAUCAAUCAAUAUUCACUCGACUUUGGGACAGGCCUCUGUCAAGCACAAAUUAUUACAGCCUCCCAUCCCAUUGCCCGAAUCGUCCGACCCGACAGCCCACUGCCGAGCGACCGAUGAAUACCGAGCUCCUCCGACUCCCAAACUGAGCCUCGACAAUCAACACCAAGCCCAGCUAGCCAAGCGCACUUAUGCUUGGUUAAACAACGGUCGAAAUGAACAGAAGGGCACCUGCUUCUUCGGAAAUGCCCCGCAAACGCCGGCGGAUACGAGGACAGGGUGCCAUGGCUUCAGACCCUCCUCAGCUCACCUGGCCCAUUGGCCGGGUCCCAGUCGAGAUCUUUGACGAAAUCACAACCUACCUUUCCCGACCGGAUGUUAAGAACCUCCGCUUGGUCAAUCACGAGUUUGACAAGAUGAUUUCUUCCAAAUACUUCCGCAACGUUGUGGUUCCUUUCCGAUCGGAGAUGUACAAGGCGAGAAAGCAGAAGUACCUGGACGAUGGAGGUCAAGGCCAGCCCCAACUUGGAAAAGACACUCUCUUCUCCAGCGGCAUGCGCAUUUUCCAGUCUUUCGGCGAGCAUAUUCUUCGAUUUGCCCUGUCGCUCGAGCUGGAUGAGGAGAGCCUCGCCUACCCUCCCAUUAAACCGACUCAGCAAGCCGUUACCUCGUAUUGGGGUAUCUACCGCUGGCCUCAUGAAUCGUACAAUCGGUAUGCCGAGCUCGAGGGGCUUGAGCAGACUGCCGAUGAGACAGCAUCCAUGACGGAGGCCUUGAAGUGUCUGGUACGGGUUCAGGAACUUGGCCUGUGUUGCGAUGCUGGACUGGGCUACCUUCUGGGUCCUGAUCAGCAGCUGGAGAGCCCUCCUCUACCUCACCCGGUUUUUGGCCUUCGCAAUCUACGAUACCGAAACCUGCAGCGACGCCUAGCGCGAUCCGACUCAGACUCUAUGAACGCCCGAAAGCUCGCCUUUGAGAGUCCUCGAGAUUUCAAGUACACGGUGCUGGAGGCCAUGGUCACGAAUGCCGGGUAUACGCAGGAGCAGGCUAAGGACGCGAUUGCUAUACUCUUGAGCACCGAGAACGUCUCACUCACUAACAUUGACUUUGACGAACGUACCGCCGCCGCCACUGCCGCUGCCGCUCAUGCGGCUGCCCAUGCAGCCCAGACUACCGCUGAUGCUCGCGCCAGCGUAGCUGCUCACGCCAACCAACACAACCUUGCCAACAUUGCUCAACUCAUCGCCCAGGGUCAACCUGCCCCGUUCUUCAACGCUGCUGAUUUCGAUCCGCCUGACCAUGACGACGAAAUUGCUGAGGCGAACGCUGAGGCGAGAGCGGCGGCCACUGUGCUUAAUGAGCUCACGGCCGGCCAUCCACUACAGCCCAGGAAUUUGACUAGAGCUCAGAAGGAGAUGCUGCUGGAGCUGGAAUGGGCCCACCGAGCUCUCAUUCAGUCCUAUGUUCUCGCCCUCAUCGACAACGCUCGGAUGAACAGCUUCAGUGUUCUGACUACCCUGACGAUCGCCAAGAUUCCAAGCAGCCAUGUCUACAUGUUCCAGAGAUCGGAUUUCUGGCAGAGUCUGCCCAAUCUGACCAACGUUGCCCUUGCUGUUGUAGCCGAUUGGCGCCAGGUGUCUAAAGUCGCACCUGGUUGCGUCGAGGACAACUUCGUCUCGCCCGUCGACGCGGUGACUAAGGUUCACCGUUUGAUUCAGGACCACAUCGCAACGCAGUUCAACAUCAAGUUCCUCCAUUUUGAGUGGAUUUGCGGUGGCGAGUUUGCACCCGGCAUUACCCAGCGGAAUCAAUACGUGCUUCCUGCUCCAUUCUGCUCGCCGAUGCAGAUGGUUCAUCCUGAAGGUGCCAAGUCGCCAGACGCCUUGCUCACUCUACCGCACAUCAGACACCUUUCGCUCAAGAACUGCUACUCGGCGCCUCACGUCUUUCUGCAGGUUCUGCGGACGAUGGCAUCCGAGUCUCUGGAAAAGUUGGAACUCGAAAGUGUGUCUCUCACGGGCGCGCCCACGAGAAACCCUGUUGCCGAGAAUGCAUUUGGACCUGCACUCGUUAUUGGCCCGGCACAUGGUCCAGGCAUUGUACUUCACGGGCAUGGCCAGGCUCAAGGUGCGCAAGCCGCGGGUCAGAACCAGGCGCCUCCGUUGCCGCCGGCACCUCUUCAGCCGCAAGCCAACCCGGGUUUCGGGGGUGCGCCAGGUGUUCCGGCCGGAGUGGUGGCCCCGCAGGGCCCGCUGCAUGCUCCUGCCUUCUUGCCCGCGCAUCUGGCUGGCAUGAUGAUGCAGCAACCUCUUCCUCAUAAUGCCAAUGUGGCUAACAACGCGGCGCCGCCUCCACCUCCACCUGAUCCAAUGGCCGGCUGGGGUAGGAUGCGACUAAGACAGCCACGACUGCUGUCUUGGGCCGGCAUCAUUGAACGUCUCGCACCGACUCCACCGAUUCAAGAGAUCAUGGUCGGUCAAGGUACCGAAGAUGACGAAGAGGAUUGGGUGGACGACUUUGUUCGCAAGGAUGACGGAUUCUCGCUCUUGCCGCGGCCGCACAGUCUCGUCAGAGAGAAGGAGCGGCUCAGUAUUCACCACAUCUCUCUCAAGUCUUGCGGCUACGUGGUGCUGGACAUUCCAAUGGUUGACAAUCAUAGCAUCAUGCCAACCACCUCCCCGUGGCAAGAGCCUGCGGAAGUGACUGCGCGUCGACGGGAGCUCAUGCCCUUUAUGCAGUCCUGCGGCGAUAGGCUGGCGGCCAAGAUAACCAAUUAUCUCAGCAACCAGGAGCACUUUAACCUCUCGACCGCCUUUGGUAUGGACACGGAGUGGACCGGUGUGUACGAUGAGGAGGUUAUUGAAGCUGCGAAGAGGGAUGGUAUCGUCCACCCUGGAAGAGGACGAAUCACGGGCAUGAUUACCAAGAUGGCUGAGCAGGUUUAGCUGCACCGCUUGAUUACGAUGAAAACUGUAUAACGAACAAUUGGGAUUUGGGUGGGCUGCGGGAGUCUUUGGAAUUUUUCGGCGUUUUUGGCAAAAGAUACCACGGGCUCAAAAUUGGGACGGAAAGACGGGCGGGAUAAUGACUGGAUGAAGGACCCAUAACUCCGUAGUCACCUUAUAUUAGGAAG